AUGAAGACUUUCCUCUUUGGACUUCACUAUGCGAGCCCAUCCAUCCUAUGCACGCUCAACAAUCCCAUGCUUUCCCUGUGUGGUGCCCUGAGCCGCUCGCUUCAGCGUGCAAAUUACGGUGUCCAGCGCAGACGUCCGGACAAUUUCCCCAAUUGCCGCUUCAUCCACAGAGAACAAAGCAAUCGAGGUGGCAAGCGAAACCCGCGUGCAUUGCAGGCAUUAGAUGCGCGCGAAUGAUGGAAGAAUAAAAAAGCCCGGACCAUUCUCCGUGUAGGUAUCCAGGAUAGCGUAGGUAGCAAAUCCUCGCAUGUUUUGAAUACGUGAAGGAAGGGGGGGGGCGUUCGUUGCGUGCUGCUGAUGUCGAUCUUCUUUUAAUAACGCAAUCCCUAAACCUCUCAUCCUGGGCCAGUGCUGCUUGUUGAGUGGAUGGUGGUGCAGUGAGGAACGGUUUGCGUAUGGCUUUCCGCUUUCGAUACUCAUACCGCCAUCUCCCGUCUUUCGAGAAGGUGAAUGAGUACGGGUGACAUGACCACCAUCUCGCGCCUCUACCGACCUCGCAUUCCCCCGUCU